AUGCAGCCCCUCAUCCAUGCAGGGCUCUGCCUGCUCCUCUUCUGCUGCUUCCAAGAUGCAGGGGCACGUAGGCUCCUCUACACCCUCACUGUACCCAAUGGAGGCCAAUGGGGUGAAUGGGGGAAAAUGGACUUUUGCCCUAGUGGAUUCGCAAGUGGAUUUCAACUAAAGGUGGAGCCUUUCCAAGGCCCUGGGGUAAAAUACGAUGACUCUUCUUUGAAUGGCAUUCGCCUGUACUGCACUGACGGCUCCUUCAUCGAGUCCACGGUGGGGCCGUGGGGUGAUUGGACUGAGAUCAUACAGUGCCCCAGGAGCAACCUGAUCUCCUUCUCACUGAGAGUGGAACCACCCCAGGGAUCGGGCGAUGACACGGCGGCCAACAACAUCCAGUUCAAAUGCUUAGAUGGGACCGUGCUGAUGGGCGUCUCACAUUCCUGGGGUGAUUUUGGCCCAUGGAGCAAUCGCUGCAGCUCUGGGGCCAUUUGUGGGAUCCAGACGAAGGUGGAGGAAUCCCAGGGUCAUGGAGAUGACACAGCACUCAAUGAUGUGAGGUUCUGCUGCUGCAACUAA